UUGGACCGGGUUGAACCGGGUUGAACCCAGCCGGGUAGCAGCGCUGUAAUCCCACAAUGCAGAGCGCAUGGCGCGUCAUUGGAGAGGGACGAUGAUGGCGGCGGUCGGUGCACCAGAAGUGAUCACACAGCUGGAAAGCGCUGCCAAAGUUUUAAUGGCACCGCCAUCCAUGGUCAGCACAGAACAGAGGCAGCAUGCUGAACACAUAUUCCUAUCCUUUAGGAAGUCUAAAUCGCCUUUCGCUAUCUGCAAGCACAUCUUAGAGACCAGUAAGGUGGACUAUGUCCUGUUCCAGGCUGCCACCGCCAUCAUGGAGGCAGUGGUGCGGGAGUGGAUCCUGCUGGAGAAGACCAGCAUCGAGUCGCUUCGUGCAUUCCUCCUCACCUAUGUCUUACAGAGACCCAAUCUACAGAAGUACGUGCGUGAACAGAUCCUGUUGGCAGUAGCAGUCAUUGUGAAGCGGGGCUCUUUAGACAAGUCCAUCAACUGUAAAAGCAUCUUUCAGGAAGUCGGACAGCUCAUCAGCAGCGGGAACCCUGCAGUGCAAACGCUGGCCUGCUCAAUCUUGACCGCUCUGCUCAGCGAGUUCUCCAGCUCCAGUAAAACAAGCAGCAUCGGCCUCAGCAUGGAGUUUCAUGGCAGCUGCAAGCGCCUGUUCCAGGAGGACGGCCUGCGUCAGAUCUUCAUGAUGACAAUGGAGGUGCUGCAGGAGUUCAGUCGAAGAGAAAACCUUAACGCCCAGAUGUCGUCUGUGUUCCAGCGCUACCUGGCUCUGGCAAACCAGGUCCUCAGCUGGAACUUCCUUCCUCCAAAUCUGGGGCGCCACUACAUCGCCAUGUUCGAAGCCACGCAGAACGUGACGCUCAAGCCCACGGAGAACUGGAGGGAAGCGCUGCUGGACACCCGCGUCAUGGACCUCUUCUUCACGGUACACAGGAAGAUCCGGGAGGACUCGGACAUGGCCCAGGACUCCCUGCAGUGCCUGGCCCAGCUCGCAUCCAUGCAUGGACCCGUCUUCCCGGACGAGAACGCCCAGGUGUCGUACCUGGCUCACCUGGUGGAGGGUCUGCUGGGCAUGAUCAACGGGAUUGAGAUCGAGGACUCGGAGGCAGUUGGCAUCUCCAAUAUCAUCUCCAACCUUAUCACCAUGUUCCCACGAAGUAUUUUAACGGCCCUGCCCAGCGACCUCUUCACCUCCUUCAUUAACAGCCUCACGCUGCUCACCUGCUCAUUCGGACGCAGCGCUGCGCUGGAGGAGGUGCUGGAUAAAGACGACAUGGUUUACAUGGAGGCCUACGACAAACUGCUGGAGUCGUGGCUGACGCUCGUUCAGGACGAGGAGCAUUUUCCUCGUGGUUGUUUUGUCCAGCCAGCAAUCCAGGUCUUCAACUCGUACAUUCAGUGUCACCUUGCAGCUCCUGACGGCACGCGCAACCUGUCGGUGAACGGCAUCGUAUCCCAUGACGAGGAGGAGAUCAAUGAGCUGCAGGAGGACGACAGAGAGCUGUUCUCAGACCAGCUGUCCAGCAUCGGCAUGCUGGGCCGCGUGGCUGCUGAUCACUGCAUCCCCCUGCUCACGAGUCUGUUGGAGGACCGGGUGACACGGCUGCAUGGUCAGCUCCAGAGAACACAGCAGCACCUCAUGGCCUCAUCUGACCCCGGAUCAGUGGACCGCAAAGUACUGGACGACCUCUAUGAGGACAUCCACUGGCUUAUACUGGUCUCAGGUUAUCUGUUAGCAGACGAUCCUCAGGGUGAAACACCCCUGAUCCCCACUGAGGUGAUGGAGUUUUCCAUUAAACAUUCGACGGAGGUGGACAUCAACACGACGCUGCAGAUCCUGGGCUCGCCGGGGGAGAAGGCCUCGUCCAUACCAGGCUGCAACCGCACAGACUCAGUCAUCAGGUUGCUGUCGGCUGUGUUGCGGACGUCAGAGGUGGAGUCCAGAGCAACCAGAGCCAGUCUGACGGAGCUGCUGAGCCCACAGAUGGGGAAGGACAUCGUGUGGUUCCUCAGACGCUGGGCUAAGACGUACCUGCUGGUGGACGAGAAGCUCUACGAGCAGAUCAGCAUCCCCCUGAGCACAGCGUUUGGUGCGGACACAGAGGGCUCCCAGUGGAUUGUGGGGUAUCUUCUGGAGAAGGUGAUAAACAACUUGUCUGUGUGGAGCUCAGAGACUGAGCUGGCCAAUGACACGGUGGAGCUGCUGGUGACGCUGGUCGAAAGGAGGGAGAGGGCAAACAUCGUGGUGCAGUGUGAGAGCUGGUGGAGCCUGGCGAAGCAGUUUGCCAGCCGCAGCCCUCCCCUUCAUCUGCUGUCCAGCUCCGUACAGAGGUCUCUGAUGAAGGCUCUGGUCCUCGGAGGCUUCGCACACAUGGAGUCUGACACUAAACAGCAGUACUGGGCCGAGGUGCUUCAUCCUCUGCAGCAGCGCUUCCUCAACCUCAUCAACCAGGAGAACUUCGCCCAGAUCAGCCAGGAGGAAGCCGUCAAGCAGGAAAUCGUGGCCACGCUGGAGGCGCUGUGCGGCAUCGCAGAGGCCACGCAGAUCGACAACGUGGCCUCGCUCUUUUCUUUCCUCAUGGACUUCCUGUCCAGCUGCAUCGGCCUCAUGGAGGUUUACAGCAACACACCUGAAACAAUCAACCUCAUUAUUGAGGUGUUUGUGGAAGUGGCUCACAAACAGAUCUGCUACCUGGGGGAGACUAAGUCUAUGAAACUGUACGAAGCGUGUCUGACGUUACUUCAAGUUUACUCCAAAAACAACCAGAGCCGGAAGCGAAGCGACGCCACGGCCGAGGAGGACCAGUACCAGGACCUGCUGCUCAUCAUGGAGCUGCUCACCAACCUGCUCUCCAAGGAGUUCAUCGACUUCAGCGACACUGAUGAAGUGUUUCGGAACCAAGACCAGGGAACACCGGCCUCCAGUCGGACGGUAUCGGCAGCAGACGUGGUUCUCUAUGGUGUUAAUAUUGUUCUUCCACUCAUGUCUCAGGAUCUGCUCAAGUUCCCGUCUCUGUGUAACCAGUACUACAAACUCAUCACAUUCAUCUGUGAGAUCUUUCCAGAAAAGAUCCCACAGCUGCCUGAGGAGCUCUUCAAGAGCCUGAUGUUCUCCCUGGAGCUGGGAAUGACCUCCAUGAGCGCAGAGAUCAGCCAGCUGUGUUUGGAAGCUCUGUCGCCUCUGGCUGAACAAUGUGCCAAAAACCAAGAGAAGGACACGCCUCUGUUCAUCGCCACCCGCCACUUCCUCAAGUUGGUGUUUGACAUGCUGGUCCUGCAGAAACACAACACAGAGAUGACAGUGGCAGCAGGAGAGGCUCUUUACACACUCGUGUGCCUGCACCAAGCGGAGUACUCGGAGUUAGUGGAGACGCUGUUGUCCUCUCAGAGAGACGCCAUCAUCUACCAGAGGCUCGCAGACGCCUUCACUAAGCUGACGGCCAGCAGUACACCGCCCACCAUGGACCGCAAGCAGAAGGUUGCCUUCCUCAAGAGCCUGGAGGAGUUUGUGGCCAAUGUGGGCAGCCUGCUCUGCGUCAAAUAAGUCCACUUUGACUCAGCAGCCAGUCACAGACCGCCUGUCCUCCCUCCGGUUUAUCCCUAAGAACUAUGGGUAGAUGAGACGCGACGAACGCUCUGAGAACUCCUGUCUCCCCAUCUGCUGUUUUUACCCUCAGUUUUACCCUCCUAUCUUGCUGAUCCAGUGUGAUCAACUCGUGAUGAUAAUGAUGGUGUUACCAUGGAGACUGCACUACAGACACACACUGGGUCAGAGCACCUUGUCCCGACGGAGCGCUGAUCAGCAGCCGCCGUUCGGUGGAGUUGCCUCGCUGCCGAACUCCACCUCCUCAUGUGCCUGGAGUCUGUGGAAGUACAAACACACACUGAGGGUUAAACAGUAUUAAUGGUUUGUUUUCCAGUGUGAGGUUUUGCAGUUGAGAGUAUUGGAGGGGCCAUUAUGUUUCCAGAAUGCUGUGGCGACCACCUCCCCACACACACACACACACACACACACACACACACACACACACACACACACACACACACACACACGUGUCACCAGAGUCCUUCCCAGAGUGCCUUUGUUUUGCUGAUUGUUCUGUGUCUGUGUGGGUGUGUGCAACGUCGUACAUCAACUGAUGACAAACUGUGCCUGCCAUUCACCAAAAACACAUACAGACACGCACACAGAGACACGUGUAAUGUUGCCGUGACAACAAAGGUUACGUCCAGCCUGGCGAUGAACCACGCGGCAGGGUGACGUUUGUUUUCGUUUGGUAGCAACGAAAGAAAAACCAAAAUCUGAUUGUUUGACUAAAAGGUUUACUGUAUAUAUAGAAUUGUGUAUAUGUCAGACCAGGAUGUUUUUAUAUGCCAGUUAGACGGAGAAACCGGCUCCGUCUUUACUUUCUGCAGUUUUUUGUUUGUUUUUGUUGGGAGGAACUCGUUGCUUCCCCUUCUGUCCAAGUUUGAUCAGACCUGUAAAGUUUAUCUGAUUAGUUUCAGUAUUUUUCUAUUUUCACUCUUCAACACUGGACUGAAGCAGAGACUGUUGGAGUUGAAGGACAGCAAUAACCAAAUUAAAGGAGCAGAGCCACUUGUUGAAGCAUUAAAGUAACGGAUCCCUCCUCGUUUGGUGCACCAUCCUGGAACAGAGGUUUUGCUAUUGGUUCAUGGUGUAAAACUGUACAUAAACGUAUUGUAUAAAAUGUU